CUUUACAAAACCAAUGUUUGCAAAAGCAGAUUUUUAUAUUGGGUUUUUAUUCUAGUCUCGUGUGAGAGAAAAAUGGCUUGAAAGCCUUGAAUCGAUCAUUUCCGCCCGUGAAAUCUCCAAAACCCCUAGAUUUGUCUGAGUAGUUCUGGUUUCAAAGUUGAAAAGAACUUCAUAAUCAGUGUUUUCUUGGUGUAUCAAUGUAGUAGUUAUCCAUCCAGCAAAUCCAAUUUUUUGAGUUUGUGCUUGAAGAAAUUUUGAUGUUGUAUGUAGAACAUACAGGCUUGGAGAAGGCACUGUGGAACACCUCUUCUUCAAUCUACUUUUGUUCUUUCAUUGGACGCCUUCCUCCAUUACAACUACUGACGACUUACCCCUUUCGGAGAACAUCAUCGUCCAAUUGGAAAGCGUUUUAACCAACUGCUACUUCAUUAUCAAGGAAAAGAACAGUCUAAGCACAUAUGGGGCGUAAAGGGAAUCCUAUUGCAGUAAGACUUGAUGUGAAUCUUAAGUCAGAUUCAAGUUGGUUCAGUGAUUAUUAUUAUGGGAAAUUAGUGUAUCAAGAUGUCAGUCUGAGAUCUUAUCUCGGUUCGAUACGUCCACCUACGAAAAAGACCUUUGGCUUUCGUCUCGGAAAGUGUGUUAUUCAACAUUUCCCCAAAGUAACGGUUGUUCAUAACUUCCUUCCACAUCGACCAAAGACACUAGAUCGCAAGUCCACCUCAAAGGGUCAGUGGUGGGCAUUUGGGAAGGUCAAAUCAAUCGAGCACAGUGAUACAGAAGGAAACGAAGUAAGGGAUGCAGGGAAAAGAGUCAAGUCAGUCGCGGCCAACAACCAGAAAAAAAAGCUGGGUCAGUCAAAUCCAUUGAGAGAACUUCGUGUCAGCGGGGCCCUAGGACCAAAGGCCGGAAAUGACGUAGCCUUCCUGAGGGAUGACUCCUUCAAAAAAACGGAGUGCUUCAAGUUUUUUUUCCCAGAUAAGUCCAGCUCCUACGGUAAUCUACUGCAGAGGGUCCCUGCUGUACGCCCUUCCUUGAAUUAUUUGGUGAUGCAUGAUUUACUAAAUGCAAAGAACAAAAUGCAUUUUGAUCCCGUCAUGGCUCUGAAUCAUUUUGUGGCACGAGGACUGGCUGAACCAGCUACAGUAGAGGGAUCAGAAGGAGGGAGAUUAGAUCAGAGAAUACGUUCUCGCAUCGCUUUUUUGGUAGAAAACUCGAGCAGCAAGUCCUUGAGCGAGGACAAGUUGACCCACUUCAUUCACCAAGCUAAUGAUCUUCGUUUCGCAGGAACAAGAAAAAACAGUAUCUCACUCUUCCCUUUCUUUGGUGCUACCUUUUUUUUCCUAAGGGAUGGCGUGUAUAAGAAGCAUUUGAUUGAGGAUACUCGGGAACAAUUCCUAGGUCAAUUAAGAACCAAAUGUUGGAACCUCUUGGGUAAAGAGGUGAAAUUGAUAGACAAAGUCUUAGAACAGGGUGAAGUCGGAGAAUUGCUCAAGGGAGUCGAGAUGAUGACAGAGAUCAUCCUGAGAAACAGAAGAAUUCCGUAUGGGUACAACUCUUAUUUGAAUGAAGUGGAAAAAAUGCGAUCUUUUGUGUCUGAUAGAACUGGGGCUCAUACGUUGAUUGAGUCGGUGAAGAUCAAAUCCGUUUAUCAGAGUGCUUCUCUGAUUGCCCAAGACAUAGCUUUUCAAAUGAUGAACAGAAAAAGAACGUUCCGCUCCAUUUUUGGUCAAAUAGUAAAGGAAAUUCCAUUGGUCAUGCCAAAAGGGGUAGAUGGGAUUCGUGUUUGUGUUUCAGGUCGAUUAAGAGGUGCGGAAAUAGCUAGAAGUGAAUGUGGGAAGUAUGGAAAGACAUCUUGUAAUGUAUUUAACCAGAAAAUUGACUAUGCUUUGUCAGAAGUUUCUACUCGUUACGGAAUUUUAGGUGUCAAAGUGUGGAUCUCAUAUAGCCAAAGGAAGUAAGAAAAGGGGUCACUCCAAAAUGCUGAAUAAUAAGUGAGAAUCAAGAAGGAUCAGUGGCAGCUAACUGGAACUAAAGCUUUUGGAAUGAGGAGCACAGUUAAUCAGAAUUCACAAGGUCAUCAAUUUAGUUUUUUUUUUCUUUUUUUUUUUUUGUUGCAGAUUGGACUCUCUGGGCAUGUCCCUGCUUUGGUGCAUAGUGUUAGCUUAGGAUACAAUGAGAAGAUUGCACAGCUCUAUAGCCUAGUUUAGCUCCUUUUAAAGUCCGCCCCUGCCUAAAAUUGAACUUUAUUAUCGUCCAACUCAUUUAAAACAAUAAGAAGGGCACAUUGGUCCAGCGAGGGACGAAAUAAUAAUCUAUUUUUGACUUCUUCUUUGGGUUUUAGUGAAGUUUGGGUGGUCGCGGUGCUCCUUGUUCCCAGAAAUUUUUCCCAUUAAAGUUUUGUUCUCUUCUUUAUUCUCUGCCAUGUGUUUUGUUCUCUUGGUAUUUCAGAAAAUAGACUUCCCUCGAGAUAUUUGUAGGGAUUUUAAUUGUAACUUGUUUGAAUAACGGCCAGUGUUGUGGUAGUUACUUGCUGUACUUCUUCUUCUUAAA